AUGGAUACAACGGAUUCUCAACUGCAUGUUGAGAUCGGUCAAGGUUCAACUCCAAACCCUGAGCAAACUCUACCAUCCCAAAGGGUUGAAGAUUUGCAGGCUGAAAUUGAGCGACUUCGUGCUCAGAUUCGGUCUGCAACGGAGGCUCCACAACCACUACCGGUUCCUCUACCAACUUUCUACGGGAGUACGGGAGUCCCUAGAUCCUCCAACAACCAUUAUAAUGGCAUUCCGGCAACAACUGAAGCAGCGGCCCAAGAUGUCCCCCCAAUUGUUCCUCACGUCAAAGAACUUCCUCCCCCGGGGACGUUUUCUCAACCAAGUACCGGUCGCCCCCUUGCUUUGGCCAUUCUAAAUGAGCCGUACCCGGGAAACAUCCAUAUACCCAACCUUCCGGAGUACAAUGGCACCACCGACCCAGAAGAUCAUCUCAGUUCCUUUGAGAUUUUGAUGCCUCUUAUUGGUGCCUCUGACGCCACCAUGUGUAAAAUAUUUCCCGCCACACUUGGAGGGGACGCUCGUCGAUGGUACUCUCAGCUUCGUAAUGGUAUCAUCAACAACUUCACCGAAUUUUCCACACUGUUUCGGUGCAAGUUUUAUGCCCAAAAGCGACAAGCAGUGAGCAUCAAUCAGCUCAUGAAUACCAAGCAACGAGAGGGUGAGGCUUUAAAAGCCUAUUAUGCUAGGUACAACACCUUGGCUAUAGGCGUCACUUCCCUCUCUGUUGAAGUAAUUGUCAACACGCUGACACGAGGAACAACAAACAGUCUUCUUCGGGCUUCCCUCAUCAAGAAACCCCCUCGGAGUAUGUUUGAGCUACAGGAGCGGGUCAUGAAGUACAUCGAUCUAGAAGAAGCUUUACAAGAUUCCUCUUACGUUGUGCCAAAGCGUAGGAGGGAUUCGCCUCCGCCAAACCGAUUAUGGUUCGCCUGUUCAAUUUAUACUUGA